AAUAUAAGAAAUAGUAAUGUCACAUUUUUAGUCCUCCCUAGGACUAUUAAUGCUCAGUAGAGAGCAUGUGCAUCUUUAUUAUAUGGGAAGUUAAAAUGGGAUUGAGUAAUUGUUAUUUAGCAACUAUUCUAUAGAUGAGUGUAUAAGUUUUCUCUUAUUGCUUCUGUGGACUGAAUUGCAUCCCCCAAAGUUCGUAAGUUUUAAUCAAAACUUCCAAUGUGACUAUAUUUGGAGAUAGGGCCUUUAGGGAGAUAAUUAGGGUUAAAUGAGCUUGUAAAGUUGGGCCCUAAUCCAAUAAGAUUAAUGUUGUUAUAAGAAGAGGAAGAGAUACCAGAGAGCUCUCGCCACACACAUGGAAUAAAGGCCAUGUGAGGACCCAGUGAGAUGGUAGCCAUCUACCAGCCAGAAAGAGAGGUCUCACCAGAAACCAACCCUGACAGCACCUUCCUCUUGGACUUCCAGCCUCCAGAAUGUGAGAAAACAAAUUUCUGUUGUUUAAGCCACCCAGCCUGUGGUAUUUGGCAGCCUGAGAAGACUAAUAUGGCUUCUGAAUGAACCGCUCCAAAUUUUAUUGGCUUAAAACAACCAUGAUGAGUAUUUGCUCAGUUCUGAGGAUCAGGUAUUUGAGUACAGUUUGGCAGGGACAGCCCUUCUCUGUUCCAUGUGGUGUUGCAUGGGGCAGAUCAGCAAGGUGAGGAGAUUCCAAGGGGACCUCAUCCACACAUCUGGGGUCUUGGUGCUGGCAGUUGGCUGGGGAGCCACAGUUUUUCUUCAUGUGGCCUUUCUCUUUCCACAUUAUUUCUACUUCUCCUGUGAUAAAAUGGCCUAGACUCCUUUACAUGGCAGACGGGUUCCCUUUUUGUGAAAGUAGAAGCUGUAAAUCCUUUUAAAGUCUGGAGUCAGAACUCCCAGAAUGUCACUUUCACUAUUUUCCAUUGGUCAAAACAAGUCAUUCCAAAUAGUCUGAGACGACUGGGAGAUUUUGUGCAUGGUAAAAUGAAACAGAACAUUCUGAGAGUGAGCUCUCCUUUUUGCAAUAAUUUCAGCUGAUUAUAGACUACAGUAGACUUUAAAAGAUGAGCUUAGGUCACUAAGCAGCAUAAAUAAGAUAAAGCAAAAAAACAGGAUGAAGAAAAUCUUCUUAAAAUUGACUGAAUAUUACUUUUAUCAUAACAAACGCUAAAUUUUAUCUGUUUUAUGUUGUGUGAUCCCAGGUUUUGCUCAGUAUGUAAAAUAGUUAAUAUCUUACAUGGACAAGGAAACAACUUGUAAGUAUGUAUAAGAAUCAAAAGAGAACACAUCCAUUCAUUAAUUUAAAAACCUAAUAAUUGUCUAUUAAAUGCUUACUACCUACUAUGAGAGCUUCUGGACACUGGAUAUACAGUAGUGAACUAACAGAGGCCUUAACUUUGUUAUCCCUAAGAAAGUCCCUAACGAAGUCAUCAGAGCUUUAAGUUUCUAGUGGGGAGAGACAGAUAACAAACAAACAAUUAUGUAUUAAGUCAGGUGGUGAGUACAUGGAAAAAACAAAACAGAAGAAGAGAGAAAGUGAUUGGAAAGAAAUUGAGUAAGGGAAAGUUUGCUAUUUUAAAUAGAAUAAUCAGGUUAAAGCUGUCAGAAAAGGCAAAAUUUGAACAUCUCAAGAUAAUUAGAGAAUUAGACAUGCAGAAAUCUGGAGGAAGAUCCUUCUGUGCAAAGGCCCUAAGACAGGAAUGUUCUGGAAUAUUCUAGCAAGAAUGGCUGAAGCACAGUGAGGGAAAAGAUGGAAUUGAGAAGUAUCCAAGGGCCAGACAUACAGUCUUUCAAGCUAUUGUAAGACUUUAUUUCAUUCUGAGUGUGAUUGAAAUUAUUCUAGUUUUUAAAAAGCUCUCUGCAUGCAGUGUGGAGAAUAAACUGUAGGGAAACACAAAUUGAACAGAGAACCCAUUAGGAAGCUGUUACAGGAUUCUGGGGAAAAAAAAUAACACAGAUGAGUUCCUGGGUGAUACUUGAGGUUGUACAGAGAGCUGGUCAGAUUCACCGUAUACAAUGAAAGCAGAGUUGAUCUACUUACAUAAGAAGUGGGGUGUAAAAUACUAAUAGUAAAAAAUGACAAUGCUUUUUGGCCUGAGCAGCUCAUUGAAGAGUAAGAGCUAUUUCCUUAAUUGGCAGCAAUGGGAAAAGAGCAAGUUUUGGUAUAAAGGAAACCAAGAGUUUAGUUUAUAUGUAAAGUACCUAACACUGUAUCUGGCACAUGUUUAAGAGGAAGCUCUGUCCAUUUGAUAUUUUCUAUUCCUCCCUUAUAACCUUAUUUCUACAACACAAUAAAAAGUAUCCUAAAAAGGGGGGAGGGGCAAAAAAGAGCCAAGCUCUUGACAGCAAAACAGAGCAUUCUAGCUAGGAAUUUUCAUAUAUUCAGAGUAAAUUUGAUGUCAGUGAAUGGGAUGGCUUCCUGGGCAAUACACUGUCAUCCACUCAGUUUCAUGCUAGUUUGGUUAGACUGCAUGAACUUAACCAAAAGAAACCCUAAAGCCACUGCUAAGAUUAAUUUCUCAUGACAGUCACUACACAUGUACACAGAAUUUCAGAAAGAAAUUUGUCAUAGUACAUUGAUGAUUGUAGAGGUUAAAAAAUCAUUUAGAAUUUAGUACUAUGGUUUCGUUACACAGCUAUAUUUUUUUUCUAAAGAAAAACUACUUUCAGCUGUAACUAUGAAAUUUCUGUUGGUAAAUUCAAGUUUAAAGGUGUGCUAAAACAUUAGCAAAUUCUAUUUACCUUAAUACAAUUCUUUAACAGUUGAAAAUAGUUAUUUAAGUAAUAAAAGUCACAUAAAGUUUCUGUAUUUGCAGGAAAAUAAUCAUUUUUGGAGUUUUCUAAUAAGAUAGAUAAAUAUUCUGGGAUAAAUGAUAUGGGUGAGCAUCAGGGGUUCUUGUUGAUUGAGUUCUUAGCUUAUUUUGGCUAAAUAUACAACCAUCCCAGUAUGUGCAGUUUUGAAAUCCUUUGAUGAAGACAUAAAUUUAUAGCGGCUAUUUCACAUGGAACGAUAAACAUACUAUUUAAAUGCUUAUGCAGAUAUUUACUAUAAAAAGUCAUUUUGCCAUUCCAUAUCUAUUUGUUCAUUUCCCUGAAAAUCGCUUAUCCAUUGUCCCAACACAUAAAUUACACUAUUUACUUAAAAUAAUAUGUGGAUCAUAUAUUAAAAUUUUGUAUUGAAUUUGGUCUACUUUACUGACAUUUUCCUUAUUUUGUUGCCCUUAUAGAAAAUGUUCUCCUUAUAUCAUCUUUAUUUGUUGCUCAAUGGAACAGUUAACUAACGUGCAAAUCUUAGUAAUAAUUUACUAGUGAGAUAAAGACCUACUUCUGUUCUGCAGCUUUCUGGCAACAGCACUGGCUUCCUUUGUUGGCUAAUUCAAUAGUGACUUUAACUAUGGGAUUUCCAAGGUAGAGUGUUAUCAGAUCCUGUGUUAUUGAUGUGACACUAGUUCAUUCAACAAAUAUUUUUGAGCCCCUAUGAUAUGGUAGACAUCUUCAACAAAUAUUUGUCAAAUAACGGAAUGAGUUGAAGAAAUCUGUCUUAUAACUAUGACUUGAGCAGAAUUUUCCUUUGGUUUUUUACUUUGGAAUAAUUUCAGAUUUACAGGAAAAUUAUGAGGAUUUGAUAGAAUGUUGUCAUAUACUCAUCACCUAGCUUCCCCUAACUGAACAUCUUACAUAAUUGUAAUUUUUACAUAUUGCUUUUGUUAAAGUUAAGAAAUUAACAUUGAUCCUAUCCUAUUAACUACAGACUGUUUUUAAAGAUUUCACCGUUUUUCUGCUCAUGUCUAUUUUUAUGUCCCAGGAUCCAAUCUAGGAUACCACAUUGCAUUGAUCAUCAUGUCUCCUUAUCUCUUUCUCCCCAUGACAAUUUUUGAGCAGACUUUUGACAUCUAUGUCCAAAAUAUUUGAAUGUCUAGAGUUUGUGUUUUCAUCGAUUAUUAAGUGUCUAUCGUAAUACACUGUUCUUGGCACUAGAAAAUAGACAUGACUAGAAUAUUCUUAUCUUAGAGAGGCUCAUAAUCUAUUGUGAGCAAAUAAUUCCAGCAAUGACAUAAGUGCUGUAACAGAGGAAUAGUGAGGAUAUAAGGAAAACCAUCUGACUCCCACUGGAAUCAUUAGAUUAGAUCUUCAAGGACAGUGAAUGAGACUUCUACAGUUAAAUGGGAGCAUUCAAGACAAGGAAUGGCAUAUGCAAAGGCACAGAGCAUUUCAGAAAUUGAAAAGGGAUAAGAGGAAGGAGAAAAUGCUGGGCUGGUGUGAAGCGAUAGCCCGUAACCCUCACAGAAUCCCAAACAACACGCGAACACCCGAGAUCUCAGGGGAUUUGGCUGAUGUCUCACAAACCUCCACAUUGAAUGACAAAUCCCCAGGGCGAUCUGCGAGUCGAUCAAGUAAUAUUUCAAAAGCAAGCAGCCCAACAACAGGGACAGCUCCCAGGAGCCAGUCAAGGUUGUCUGUCUGUCCAUCCACUCAGGACAUCUGCAGAUCUGCCAUCUUGCAUGACAUGUCAGAAGAUGCAUUUGAGCAUUGUACCCCUGUCAUGGCGCUGAGCCCUGCUAGGAAGGAGUCGGGUAAGAAAUUAGUAAAACAGAGGCCUAGAAGGAGGAGAAGGGCCUCUGAGAGAUAUGAGCAUGCAGAAGAACAAACCAAGGGGAAAAGAAAUGAUUUUCACCUCCAAAUCUCAAGCCCCAAAUGGAGUGAACUUUACACAGAUUCUUCAGAUUCAUCUUCUGCAGAUGAGAGUCAUUGGAUUCAGGCAAAAAGGAGGGCCCAUGUUCAAUUCCAAAUGUCACGAAGAAGAAGGAGAAAUAAUCAUAAACCAUAUGGAAACUUGGAUGGAUCUUCUGCUCCUAGUGGAAUUGAUCUGGUAGAUUUGGGAUCCACAGGCAAAAAGCCACAAGAGCUGAUUGACUGUGAGAGUUGCUCUUUAAAUCUCUGCAGGGGAAAAGGCACAAGCUACCCAGAAGACAGUCUCUCCCCACCAAGAGAAUCCUUUCAGAUUAAGAAAUCCUCAAGGAACCAUGUGGAAAGCAAAGGCAGAUACCACCACAGGGAUCCUCAGCUCUUGCAUAGUCUUAGGCAAAACGAAACAAUCAAGAAGAGAUUUUCAGAAGCAGAUUCCAGCCCUGAAAUGUUGGCAGUAAUGGAAGGCGGCAAGUAUGUGGAUGAUGCGGGGUUCCAGGUGAAUAACUCUGUUCAGAAGCCUCCUGCCGCCUACGAUGAUGAGUCUGAUAAUUUAAAAGUAUGCAGGAUCUGUCACUGCGAAGGGGAUGAAGAGAGCCCCCUCAUCACGCCCUGUCGCUGCACGGGCACCCUGCGCUUUGUCCACCAGUCCUGCCUCCACCAGUGGAUCAAGAGCUCAGACACGCGCUGCUGUGAGCUCUGCAAGUAUGACUUCAUCAUGGAGACCAAGCUCAAACCUCUCCGGAAGUGGGAGAAACUACAGAUGACCACGAGCGAAAGGAGGAAAAUAUUCUGCUCCGUCACAUUCCACGUAAUCGCCAUCACUUGUGUGGUUUGGUCCUUGUAUGUAUUAAUAGAUCGGACCGCGGAGGAAAUAAAGCAAGGCAAUGACAAUGGUGUCCUUGAGUGGCCGUUCUGGACAAAACUGGUUGUGGUGGCCAUUGGCUUCACAGGAGGUCUCGUCUUCAUGUAUGUACAGUGUAAAGUCUACGUUCAGUUGUGGCGCAGGCUGAAGGCCUACAACCGUGUGAUCUUUGUGCAAAAUUGCCCAGACACCGCCAAAAAACUGGAGAAGAACUUCUCGUGUAAUGUAAACACGGACAUCAAGGACGCCGUGGUAGUGCCUGUGUUACAGACGGGUACAAAUUCGCUGCCAUCUGCAGAGGGUGGCCCCCCUGAAGUUAUACCAGUGUGAUGGAACCAGUUGGGACGUUCUUCACUGAAGCGUAUCUUUCUAGCUCUCAGUCACUACAAAUGACAGAAGUGAUCCUGAAUUAUUCACUCUAUCUUCUCCUCUUUCUCCUGCUGACUCGAUUUCCUUACUUUGCUCAAAAAGGAAAGGAGAAAAUAAACACCAAAUGACCAGGAUCCCACGAAGCAGAGUCUAAAGUGUGAUAUGGAAAUGUGACAAGUUUCCUAGAGAAUGAUUUCCAAGACAAUUAAGAACCAGUGGAGUAAGGAACGCUUUUAGGCAAUGACAAAAGACUAAAGGACACACUGAGUCUUCACAGUCGCAGGGGAAAGUUCAAGAACACAGACUUGAAUUGCAAUGUGUAUUUCUUCUAGGGCCUCGUAAUGUUAACUAUCUCAUCUGAGAAUAACGAACAUUUGGUUGUAAACUUGAAAUUGUUUGCAUUAUCCCUAGGGCACAUCAGAAGCGAACUUGGAGGAUGCAUAUUUUGAUAUUCAUACUUUGAGAUUUUUAUGGCUACAGUGGAGUCCAGUUGUUUUAACAUAUGCAUGUUUUGAAAAUAGAUGCAAUACACAUUUGAAGAUAUUAAUACUUGGAAUUAUGUUUAAAUAAUGAACAAAAGAUUUUCAGAGAUUUUUUUGGGUUUAAUUCGCUUUGGUCAAUACCCACAGAAGUUGCAAUCAACUAUCAGUCUAUAUUUUAUCUGGCUCCUCUUAAACAGUGCUGUCCAACAGAAAUAUAACAUGAGCCCCAAAUGCAGGCCACAUAUGUAAACUUUAAAUUUUGUAGUAGCCCCAUUAGGAAAAGUAAAAGUAAAUAAGUAGAAUUAAUUUUGAUAAUAUAUUUUAUUUAACAUUAUAUAUCUAAGUUAUUUCAAUUUGUCAACAUAAAAAAUUGAGAUAAUUUACAUCUUUUUUUAUGAACCAAGUCUUCAAAAUCCAGUAUGUACUUUAUCCUUAUGGAAUAUCUCAAUCUGAAUUAACCAUAUUGGAUAGUGCAGCCCUAAAAUCUGCUUCAUUUAACAGUCGAAUCAUUUCCAAACAGCAGCUUCAUACAUCCUUUUACUUGAAGUCUCACAAAUGUUAUGAUUUUACAAAACGCUAAAUUAAUCAAAUUAAAUAUCCUAGUUGAAGUCUUAAAUGAAGAUAUAAUUUCUCAAAAGGUGAAAAAACAAAAGUACAGAAAGAUAAAGCAAUCUACCUGUGGAAAAGUUCUGAAAUUAACUUGUUUGCUACUAUGAAGCACUUAUGAUAGGGAAAAUAAAAAUUUAACAUUUUUAUUAAAUCAAGCAUGUAACUUUUUUUUAAUCCACAUGAGGUGUCGCCUUGAAAGAUGAGUAGUUAUGAUCAAGCAUUUAGACUCAAUUUUAAAAAGCUGACGGUAUUUCCCCUGUUCAGCAGGCAAGCAAAAAUACUCAACAGAUUCUGUGAUAAGUAAUAACUUGAGUUGUUUAGGUUUGACAGUUGAGUUGAUUAUUGUGUUCUUUGCAUAUUCAUGUAAAACUGAAGCGUGAAUGAUAUUGCAGUGAGCUACAUUAAUGAUUAUAGAUAUAGUAGGCUGUCAAAGAAAGAUGUCUUACAUUAAAAAGGUGAUUUAUUUUUGUUAGCUGUCAUAUUUAUUACCGUGAAGAGGCAACCAUGAUGGCCAUAAGAACCAAAGCAGGGGUAUCACAUCGCACAAAUCUGGGUAUCACAUUGAUGCACUUGUAAUUAUCAGUGUGCUUGUUCUUCACAGAUAGUGUAGGUAAAAGGAAAAAGAAAGAAUCUUUUAACAAGGAAAAAAGAUGACAUGAAUAUUGGUAGUGGCUGACAGUGAGUCCAAAUAGUCCCAAUUCCUAGAAAUAAAGAAAAGGUAAACAAUGUCAACUUUGUGUGUGUGUGGUGUGUGUGUGUGUGUAUUCCUGUAUAUACACGAGAAAAAUGUUAAGGUUUUCAGUAAGUCAGGAAACAAAAGGUUUAUAACAUCUUUCUUCAAACUUGUUGUAGGGGCACGGAGUAAACGCAUAGGGAAAACAGAGUUGAGGGGACUAAGCUGGACCAAAAUUUCUGCACAAAUAAGGACAUAAGUGGUGUUUAAAACACAUGAACCUUAAACAAACUAGACUUUGUAUUAACUUCCUCUUAUAUUUCCAGUUUAAAGGUUUAGGAUAAAGACAUUCAUGGAUAACAAAGCUUUGAGUGAUUUAACCAUGGCACCUCCCCCAAGGAUUAAUCUUGAUUAAAUUUUUCUGUUAAUUUCCCUAAGCUUUCUACUAACCCAUUUUUCUUGUUGUUUAUCAAUGGCAAUGUGUUGUCUACAAACAUUACUGGGGGGAAAAUCUAGUCACCAGCCAAAGAAAUACUGAUUUCUCUUUUGUUUGCUCUGGAAGGAAAAGGAUUAUUUUCCUUAAUUGCCACCAAAAAUACUGUUUAAAUUCUGUACAAACCUAAGCAAGAUAGCUAAGUGCAGAGCUCAUUUCACACUGGGAGAUGAUUGGCUAAAAUAAGGCAUCCUUUAUUAAGAGCUACACUGAACACUAAGAAAACAUGUCUAGAAUGAGAAGGAAAGAUAAGCAUUACUGUAUUAACAAUACACGAUGACAUGGUGUUUUAAAACUAUACCUUAAUUCUCAAAAUUAACUUGUAUAGGCUUUGACUUUCUUGAAAUGAGAAUAUAAUAUAGCUUCUUAGCAGGCUAAAAGUCAACAAUUAAUUCUGCUGUCCUUCUGAGCUCUUUUAAACCUUGAACUCCUGAAUUUAAGUCUUUUAAAAAGUUUUCUUAUAAUAGCUGUUUAUGGUUCAAACAAUUUGAAAUAAUUAUGUGCAUUUAAACCUAAUGUUGAUUAUUUUCUUUUUAUAUUCUGUGUGGCAAUAGUACAUUUGCCUUUUCAAGGAAAGGAUUUGGCUUUGUGACAACACUUCGUGAACUGGAUAUAACCUUCGAAAACAAAAACUGCUCUCCAAAAAGACAAUUUUUGAAGCAUGUUUACCUGCUCAAGUAAGAAAUAAAAUGCAAUGGAAACUGAAGAAUGAACUUACAGUUCUGCUAAAAACCUUGGCUUUUUAUAAUCAUGAGUCUCUGGUAUUAUCAAUACUAUAAACCACAGACAUUUAUGCUGUUAAUUUUUUAAAGAACUGUCACUUUUAUUGUAUAGGAUCAAAGAUUAAACUGUAAAGCAAUGAAGUUCCAGUAUUUUUUUAAAAGGGAAGCCCAAAAGGCAAUUAAGCUUAAGCACAAACAAAACAAAACUCAAAACAAAAAUGAUCCUAACAACCUGGGAUAUAGCGAUGGAGAAAUUAAAGGAAAAAGGGUACAUACUGAAAAAGUGGAGCCCAAAAGGCAAUUAAGCUUAAGCACAAACAAAAAAAAAUCAAAACAAAAAUGAUCCUAUCAACCUGGGAUAUAGUAAUGGAGAAAUUAAAGGAAAAAGGGUCCAUACUGAAGGAGUGUUGAAAAAUGCCCCAGGAUUCAGUCUCACCCUGAGCUGCUGUUACCUGUGAUUAGAGCCCCUAAGAGAUGGCCUCAUAGUUACAUUUAUCUUGUUUUGCAAAGAGUCCUUGGGUACCCCUAAAACAUCUAUUCUUUGGCUGGAAAUUUAGCUCCUUAGAGCAAUGACAUCACUAACAGAUUACAGGUGUCAUGGGUGAGGUGGGGAAAAUUAUCCAUCCGCCUGACAUAGUUUACCUUUCCUUGCCUAUGAACAUUUUGGAACAAAGCAGAGCUCUUAAAACUUACUAUCAUUAUUGCAGAGGUUAUAUAAUUGUGUAGGACUUACACUUUAAUUAAGAAAGAUGAAAACCUUUUUUCUUUCCUAAGUCAGCCCAAAGGUGCUAUUUUACAUAUCAAUACAGCUGAAAGGAAGUACUGUCAUUUUGGGCUGCAGUGUUUCCUCUAUGUCUGAAGAAAGCCCAUUUUGAAAUUGGAUAUUGCAUUAAAACAAACAAGGAAAAACUAUUUUAACUGUGUGCAAUUUUUGAGACUGAGUAUUUGUACUUUUUUGGUUUUACCUAAUUCUCUUGCAUUAACAAUUUACUGUUUUGUGAAUAAUGUGUACUAAGAAAAAUUAAGGAAAAGGAACUAAUUAUCUGUGAGAGAAAGACUUUGUAUAUUAAACAAGUGACCCAAA